AUGUGGGCUAGCGCGUCCUUCGUUGGAGUACUCAUUAUCAUCGGUCUACCGCUCUGGUGGAAAACCACAGAAGUCUACAGGGUAACACUGCCGUAUGACAAGAUCAGCGCUUUCGACACCCAGUCCCACGCUAUCACCUCGGAGCUGAUCGUACUGGCCAACGAUGCACACACAGCUGCAGAAGUCGCGGGUCUUAUUGAAAAGACUUUUAUGGACUCUGACGUUUUGAAACUGAAGAUUACAAAGCGCCUGCUAUCCGAACAACUACACAGAACCUUAGAUUCUGUAGCCGAUGAGCAGGAAGCCGUUGAGGAAGUCGGUGCCGUGUUAGACCUCAAGGAACAUAACAAGUUGUAUGUAGUGCAGAGGGGACCCCUGUUCAAGGACGUGUGGGUUGGUGGGGAAAGGGUGGUGUUCUUCCGGGAUGCCAAAGCGGCAGAGACCCUUGCCAAGGUCCUAAAGCAAUGGAUCUACGAGCCGUCCGUGCUCGAAGGCGCUCGUUCAGACACCGCGGAUUCAACACGACGGGUGCGAUUCCCGCCCGGUCCCGGAUAUCACGUAGUAUUAUCCGUGGUACACCCGCGGCCACAGGAUUUGAAGGUGGAAUUCCAAGCUGGUGAUGCAAUGGAAGAUUACAUCGGCUCGUCUGUGGACGAGCUGGAAGUUUUGCACAACUUCACCCUGAAGUCCCAGUGGCUUUAUUUGCUAAACUUCGACUUCCAAGCUAAAGAGGUGAAGGACGGAUCGGAGUGGGGUCGGCACUGGGCGGCGCGCGAGGAGAAGCUGCAGCAGCUGCUGACGCGGCUGGAGGCGCGCGCCGCCACGCACGUGUCGGAGCGCCCGGCGCUCAACCUGGCGCUCUACGUCGUGCCCUGCGACCGCGCGCCGCUGGCGAUAUACCAACACGACAAGAAAGUGUCCGCGCCAGUACAAGCGUUCAUUUCACCCAAGUGGGGUGGAGUGGUAUUCGGGAACCCAACCGCAGCGGACUGCCGUCAGGAAAGCCCUGUGUGGAAACCUCCUGUGAAACUCAUCAUGGGUACCUUUAUUGCGCAGCUGAGAGAGCUGUUGGGCAUCACUGAUAAGAGUAAUAUCGAAGGCGCAUACCUUGAGCCACUUCGUUCGGUGAUACCGCGGCGCUGGGAAGUCGACAGUCUCCUGAGGAUCAGGAGCUUGGAGCAAAUCACGUCUGCCGAGAGGACCUUGCAGUCUCUGGCCCAGUUACUAGGCGAGAUAUCCAACAUCGUGAUAAACGAUGAAGUUGGUGCUUCCAUUAAUGCUGCAGUGGAGGCGAUAUCUCAGGCCGGUGAUUUGGCGAUUAAAGGCGAUCUCGUAGAGGCGUAUCGCAAGUCGCAGACCGCGUUCUUGGCUGCAGAGACAGCCUUCAUGGAACCCAGCCUACUCGCUCUACUCUACUUCCCCGACGAUCAAAAAUACGCAAUUUACAUUCCACUGUUUCUACCAAUAAUGUUCCCGGUUGUGUUGUCGCUUAAGAACUUGCUGAUGUGGCUACGAGGCAAGCCUGUUCACAAGGAGAAGAUGGACUAG